AUGGCGAAGACGCUGCUUUUAAUAAUGGCCGCGCUGUUUAUCAUCGGCGCUAAUCUUCCGUCGUUGUCGGCGCAAGAAGUUGCCCCGGAUGUCGCGGGGCUUGAGGCCGAGGCGGGGGACAAAGCUUCCUUGGAGGGGACUGAGCCAAAAGAUGGCUCGGCUCCUCAAGCUGAAGGUGGCUUGGCUCCCCAAGCUGAGCCGGCUAAGGAGGAGCCGGAUGAGAAAGAUAAACCGGAUGAGAAAGAUGAAUCGGAUGAGAAAGAGAAGUCAGAUGAUAAAGACAAAGACAAAGAGAAGGACAAAGACAAAGACAAAGACAAAGACGAAGACGAGAAAAAGAAGAAACAAAAGUGUGACAAAAAGGACAAAAAGAAGUCAGAUGACAAAGACGAAGACAAGGAUGAGAAAAAGGAGAAAAAGAAAGAUAAGGACGAGAAGAAGGACAAAGACAAGGAUAAAAAUGAGAAGAAGGAUAAAGGCAAAGAUGAGAAAAAGGACAAAGAGAAGUCAGAUGACAAAGACAAAGAUGAGAAAAAGGACAAAGAGAAGUCAGAAGAAAAAGAUGAGUCGGCGAAAAAUAAGGUUCCGUUGGGGCGGAGGCUGCUGGCGGACGUCGGGGACGCCGUUGAUGGGGCGGAGAACGGAGCUAUGCGUAUGAAGGAUAAGGUAGCCGGCUAUUUUAAUUGA